UCUUUUCAGGUAAAACACCUACAAGCAGAAUUUGAGAUUCAUCUAUCCAAAAAGAAUUCGAGAUUCGAAGAAAAACAGAGAUGCUGAAGAUGAUUCGAACAAGUGCUUCUUCUUCUUGUCUUCCCUCUACUCAUCUUGUUGCUGUUCCCCUCAUCAACAAUUUCGUGGCUUUGUUUCAUUCGAGACAAACCCAGCUAGGAAAUCGACCUUCAGUGCCCAAAGUCACCAAUCUUGAGGAUGCCUUGAAGGUGUUCGAUCAUAUGCUUCACUCGCGUCCUCUGCCUUGUGUUAUCCCUUUCACUCAGAUCUUGGGUCAACUUGUCACAUUGAAACAUUAUUCAGCAGUCAUCUGUUUGAAUAGACAGAUGGGUCUGAUCGGAAUUGCUCCUGAUGUUUGUUCUCUAAAUAUUAUCAUUAAUUGCUAUUGUCGUUUGAAUCAAAUCGGGUUUGGCUUAUCUGUCUUGGCGCAAUUCUUCAAAUUGGGUCUUCAACCAGACGUCUUCACCUUCACCACUCUAAUCAACGGCUUUGUUCUCAACAAUCAAGUCCCUGAGGCUGCACGAAUUUUCACCAAAAUGCUGCAGGCAGGUCAUUCUAAGCCCAAUGUGUUUACUUUCACCACACUAAUAAAGGGCUUUUGCAUGAUAGGAAACAACAGAGCUGCAAUUCAAUUACUCAGGAAGAUGGAAGAAGGAGGAUGCGAGCCUAACACAGUUUCCUAUAACACCAUCAUCCACAGUCUCUGCAAGGAUACACUAAUUGAUGAAGCAAUGAACCUCUUCUCAGAAAUGAUUACUAGAGGUAUUGCUCCGGAUGUUGUUACUUACACCUCUUUGAUUCAAGGAGUCUGCAAUAUACGCCAGUGGAAACAAGCUACAACGUUGUUGAAUGAAAUGGUGAGUCAAGGUAUCUUUCCAGAUAUCCACACCUUCAAUGUCUUGGUUGAUACACUUUGUAAGGAAGGGAUGGUUGUGGAAGCCGAAACUGUGGUUGAGACGAUGAUUCAAAGAGAUAUCGAGCCUGAUGUCAUUACUUACAACUCACUUAUGGACGGUUACUGUUUGAGAGGAGAAAUGGACGAGGCAAAAAAGGUUUUUGAUCUAAUGGUUAGCAAGGGCUCCAUGGUUAAUGUUCAGAGUUGUAACAUAUUGAUAAACGGAUACUGUAAGCAGAAAAAGAUCGAUGAGGCCAAUAAGGUUUUUCAGGAAAUGACUUGUUGGGAGCUUGUUCCUGAUACCGUUACUUAUAACACUCUUAUUGAUGGUUUUUACAAAGCAGGCAGAAUACAAGAUGCAGAAAAGUUGUUUUCUGAUAUGCAAGGUUGUGGCCAACCUCCAAAUGUUCGAACUUAUAAUAUUUUAGUUGAUGGCCUGUGUAACAACCAACGACUGUCUAAAGCUCUAGAAUUGCUUAGAGAAAUGGAAGGCAACAAGUUGGAACUAGAUAUUGUAGUUUACAAUACUAUCAUUGAAGGUUUGUGCAAAGCUGGGAAAAUGGAUUCUGCAAUAGAUCUCUUCUCUGGUUUGUCAUCAAAGCAUCUUCAACCUAAUGGGAGGACGUAUAAUAUAAUGAUUCUUGGAUUUUGUAAAGGAGGCCUAUUAGGUGAAGCUGAAGAAUUGUUUACAGAAAUGAAGGAGAAAGGCUGUUCUCCAGAUGGCUGUACCUAUAACACAAUUAUCCGAGGUUUUAUCAAUAUCAAUGAGACAUCAAGGGCUACGGGACUUAUUCAAGAAAUGCGUGAUAGGGGUUUCUCUGCAGAUGCAUCAACUCUGCACUUGAUUGUUGAUUUAUUGUCGAAGGAUACAGUAGAUCCUGUAUUAUUAGCCUGGCUUAAAGAUUCUGUCUGAAGUAUUUGAAUGUUUGAAAUAAAUAUUUUUCAAUAUCACGAGGAAAUUCGGAACUGCUGCAGUGCUGCACCUUUAGCAACCUCAGAUGUUCUGUGAAUCCUGUCUGGGCGAUAUUUCCUUCUUUGUUGGUACUUCAAAAAGGGCAUCACAGAUAUGGAGGACAGGAAACAAAAAGAGGUUUGUACUGUCAGAUUCAGAAGAAAGGAUGAGAUGGAGAGAGGAAAGCUCUCUGAAAUUGACAUGGAAAGAGAAGAGGAGUGUGGAAUUUGCAUGGAGGUGAACAAUAAAGUUGUGUUCCUUAACUGCAGUCAUUCAUUGCGUCUGAAGUGUUUGAGGACGUAGAGAUCAAGGAACUGUCAAACGAAGAAGGAUAUCAGUGUGGCAAGGAGACGGUGCGGAGACCUUGUGUCCGAGUAGAAUAAGAACAAAAAUCACAGCUGAAUGAACAAGAACACAAGGCAUUACACACUGUUGCAUGCUUAUGUACCAUCAGCAUGAGUGAUAUUGAUGACUUGUAGAAUUUAACAGACUUAAACUUGUUUUGUUUUUAAGAUUUCGUCUGCUCAUACAUCAUUGAUAUUAUUAGUUUUGGGUCUUCACUAUGUAGUUGCCUUCAAAUGUUUUGACUAGGUUGUUGGGAGGGAGUGUGUUGACGAGGUCGAACGUGUUAACCGUGUUCUGACAUGCCAAUAGUUCC